GACUUGGCCCACUGCUGACGUCAGUGCGAAAGCCCUUCAGCAAAUAUGAGCUGGUAGAUUUUACUCCUCCGUAACGGAGAAAGAAAAAUCAAUUUUUACACAACACUCUCGACAUAUCUAGUUGUUUUAUUGUAAAUAAUAAAUGUCUAAAAUGUUCAUCUUGUAUCGCAUGCUUUCGUGAUGGAUACGAUAUGCUCGAAUUUCUCGACAAUAUUUCAGUUUAAUGAUCUGGUUUUGUGGAGGGAGGCACUAGCAUCAGCUAAUUGAAACGCCAGAUUUGAAAAGAAUGCCUUAGACGUGUCACAACCCAGAUUUUUGUUCUUGCGCUCAGGGAACACUAUUGCGAAAAGAAUUCCCGAAUUUGUUGGAAUCAUUAUUACUCGUUGAUAACAUGUGUUUUGGGUGAGGAAAACCCUUUGGCGUAUUACCAUGGUCCGAAAUAUUCUCAUGCCACCGUAAAGGACGUAUUAUGGACCUACAUAAAAAAAAGCUUAUUGCGUAUGAAUCUGCUCGUUAAAUGCUGGAGAUAUUCCCGCUUAUUGAAGUGUGCCAUAUAAUAGCUGUGUGUAUGAUAAGACCAUGCUGCCAGCCGACUAACUUUUCCCCCAACUGCAUCCUUUUACCCCAUCACAAAACACGUGUGUCGAAAGUCUGAAGACAGGUCGGAGAGGUUUUAUAACAUUUGGAUACUCUUUGGAUGUCGACUAGAGGUCGUUCUACAGAUUUUUCUCACAGGGUGUGUGCUUUGCAUUAUGCCUGGGCUACCUGUCACUGUGGCCGAAAGGCAGAAGAAAUUCGAAGAAUUUAAGUCACCUGGAAGUACAUGAGAGUGGAUUAGUGAUCUGAGAUGGAAAAUAUUAACUCUGAAGAUGGAUUAGAUCGUGCUGUUACUACUACGAAGCUACGAUCACCGAGUCAAGUCUCAGAUUCGAACACAAUGGACUCUUUUCAAGAUGGUGGCCAGCAAAACAUGAACUCAGAGCAAAAUGAUUAUACAGCUUCUUUGGACUCUACUCACGUCAAUUCCGAAUCCAACAAUUAUCCACAGAAUUCGGGAGAUGGAGGUGUGAGUUCAGAUAGUUAUGCAAGAAUGAAUGAAAAUAUUCAUCCUACACAAAUACCUGGAUUCGGUAUGUACGGUAGGGGAAAUUACAGCAUGGGAGAUCAACAUGGCGCUAUGUCUAUGCCAGGAAGUUCGGAGUUUUCAAACCAAACCUCGCAAUAUCAUGGACAGUAUUUACCAACUCAUGUUCGGCCUGGAUUUCCUGGAGGUCCAAAACCUGGAAUGAAUCCGAUGCGACCAGGAAUGGGGACAUCUGGUAUGGGAAUGAUGCCCCCUUCAUAUAAUCCUGCCUCGACAAGAUUAAUGUCUGGUCAAAGCAUAUCUCAACAGAGCGGACCAACACCGACCCUUAAUCAGCUUUUACAAUCUCCGAAUUCGGCUCAGAGAUAUCCGAAUAACUACUCAGAAUACGGAGGUUCUCAAAAAGUCCCUGCUGACAUGGGCAGUGUGGCUGGUUACCCUAUGCAACAGGCAUGGAGUCCCCAUCAACGAGGAGCUAUAAACGCGUUCCCACAGACUCAGGGGGCCAUAUCCGGCUGCCAAGCUUUCCGAAAUCAGGGAGGUGGAAAUAUGAAUGAAAUGCCACAACAAAGACGAGCCUCAGGUAUUCCUAAUUUUCCUCAACAGACAUCUCAAUAUAACAAUCAACAAUUUUCACCUAAUUCCCAACGUUACAUGAUGGGAACCGGACAGGUUCGUUCAGGACAAAUGAGCCAGCCCUAUGGACAACAGCAUCAAGGUGACUUGUUCAGUUAUAAACCUGGUAAACCACGAAUGGUUGAUGUUAACAAGAUACCUGGUCAAUUUGUUCCCAAUCAGAUGGUCUUCAACCAAUCAAUGGGUGUUUCACAAGUGGUGCAUCAGCAACAACCUACACCACAACAACCACCACAGCCUCCAGGGCCCUCUCCACCAAGACAUUCUCCACAAGCUCCACUAGCCACUCCACCAACAUCAACUCAACAACAACAACAACAACAACAGCAGCAGCAGCAGCAGCAGCAACAGCAGCAACAACCAACGUCCCAGUCCCAACCGUCCCCUCAAUCACAACAGCAACAAAGUUCACAUACUCCUCAACCAUCCCCACUUCAGAAUCAAUCUCCUCAGCAUAAUCAGCAAAAUAGUCCUCAGAAUGUAACUCGCUCUCAUGGUAAAAAAAGCAAUGAUGACGGUGAAGGAAUGUAUCCACUACGGUGUCGUUCUCAGAAAAAGAAAACUCAGCCAGUUGUUUUUGUGGGAAACAAGGAAAGUAACAAUACAUUUGAUGAAAUGAGUUCUGAAAAUACACGAGGAUCUCAAGGUACUCCAACUCCAUCAGGGAGCCAUCAUCCUAGUGUUUCUAACUUGCGGGUUACACCAUCACCUGCUGGCUCAGCUGGAUCUCGAUCAAAUACUCCAGCAUCUGUUACAGGAAACCAAGCUGGUAGUCCAAUGCCCCCUCGUCCACCUUCUAGUCAGUUGGAUGGACAAGGUUCGAUGUCCCAGUCACAAAUGACAGGUCAAGGCUUCGGUCAGCAUAUUAUGCCUCCUCCAGUUGGCCCCAAUCAGAUGUACAACACAGCCAAUAAACCAAUGGCAGGGAUGAAUGCUGUGGCUGCCUCAGUUUCUCAGAUGGGAGGUCACUUUAGCCAGUACAAUUCCCAAUUUCCUGGAAGUUUCCAUCGACAACAGAACCCUGCAGGGAUGCAGAAUUAUCCCCAGCAAAAUGUGUACAAUGGACCCAACCAAAUGAGUUCGUUAUCUGGAGGAUCUUUGUAUAGUAGUAUGCCCAUCAAUAGAAAUAUGUCCUCAGCUAACUACAAUAGUGCAAGCUACCCACAAUCUGGCAAUAUGAACUCACAAUGUAGUAAUUUUAACAGUCAUAGUAGUACUGCAGUUUCCGGAGGACCAAAUGUUCAUGGAGGACCCUGCUCCAAUAUGCCAAACCAUUCGAUGAAUUCCAUGCAGCAGCAGCAGCAGCAACAAGCAUCACCUCUUCCCUCGCAUCCUCACCCACCCCACCCUUCAACCGGAGGUGCCAACACCAUGACCAUGUCACCAAGUGGCCAGUGUGUAACACCACCUAUUGUACCUGGAGUUAAAGGUGCACAUGCAGCAGCGCAGGCAGCUAUGAUAGCUGCUGCUAAUACUGCUGCUGCCACUCGUUGUCAUCAGUUACGGACAGGAUCAUCUAAUCAGCCAGCCAGAAUGUAUCCUCCAGGAAUGGCACCUGCUGGUCCUUCAUCCAGUCACAUUGGAUCAAUGAACUUCUCUUCUGCCAUCAACAAUAUUCCUAGUUCAUCUGGUCAGUUUCCUUCUUCAGUGUCUCAAACAACAGUGCCUAAUUCUAUGACUCAACAAUCAAAUUCUUGUAGCCCAACUAGUCCCUCAACCAGCAGCACACACAGUAGCAACACCACUAGUGCUAAUUCCAAUCGAACAUUGGAUCCAAUGAAACAAACUCCCUCUUCCUUGUCUAAAGAAGGAUGUUUACCAAGUAACUGUGCCAGCAGUUUUAGUGCGAUGAUUCCACCGACAGCCAACUCGGGUAUGGACGGCAUUGGAAUCCCAACCCAAGGUGAUAGCACAGAGGAAGGCAAAGCUGUUGACGAGAACAGUGAAUGUAACAGUGAUGGCAGUCGCAUCAUCCCACCUGGUAGUCUAGAUUCAUCUGGUGUUGUUGGACCAACUGUUUCAAGUUCCAUGUCAACUCGCCAUAGUUCUGCUGCUGGCCCAGCUACUUCCUCCUCAGUGCCUGUCAGCCAACAUGUGUGCGUGAGCAGCCAGGCUCCUAGUUCAAAUAAUUUAUCCUUAGAAGACAGUCACAACACAACCACUUCUACUGCAAAUUCUAGUGCAGGAAACACCGCCACAAUGGUCACUCAGGCCAUUACAGCUCCUGUUGCCAGUGUUGUGGAGUCUAUGAGUAACGAUAGCCAACCAGAUCUACUUUCAACAUACAGCAUCCCACCAAUGGUGAAUUCAAGUUCAUCAGGAAAUGUAAUGUCUUCCGAUGAACCACCAGAAAAGAAGAAAAAGGAUUGUGUUUCACAUCCCCCAACACCGACCAAUCUAUCCCAAUCUCCAAGUGGAACAAGUGUGUCCUCCUAUCCAGAGGAGAUAGAGAACCUUAACAGUCCGACAAGCUGGUCGGUGGGCACUCCAAAACCUGGACAGACUGCCGACUUACACAAGUUAUACACCAUGGGGGAUGAACCAGAUAGAAAAACUUUUCUAGAUCGGUUAUUAUAUUUUCUAGAAGAGAAAGGUACACCUAUAACAUCAAUGCCUCAAAUCAGUAAACAGCCCCUCGAUCUCUAUAAACUGUACCACAGUGUAAAGGAUAGAGGAGGAAUGGUUGAGGUAAGCAAGGCUAAGAAAUGGAAAGAGAUCUGUGCAGUUGUGAACAUAGGCUCUUCAGCAAGUGCUGCUUUCACUUUAAAAAAGAAUUAUGUUAGGUAUUUAUUUGCAAUGGAAUGCAAAUAUGACAAAGGAGGUAUAGAUCCAGCACCAAUACUAGCACAAAUGGAAGCAGCAAUGCAACAGAAACGAGAAAGCAAACAGAGAAGAGCACCCUCACCAGCUGGCUCCCAAGGCUCUUCUCAAGAUGCAUUCCGACCCCCUAGCACACCUAACAGCAACAGCCAAGGAAUGGACCCAUUUUCUCCAAACAUGCAAUCCUAUAUAGGAGGCCCCAAUUCUGAAUCUAACAUUGGUCCAAUGAGCUCAACUAUGAUGCCUCACGGAAAUAUGAUGAACAGUAUGAACCCUUCCAAUAGCAUGCUGGCUCAAAAUUCUGUGGGUGGUCCAAAUUCAAGUAUGCUCCCUCCUCACCAUAUGUCUUCUGGACCAAACAGUAUGCAUGGCAAUAUGAUGCCAGGGAACAUGCCCCCUUCUAAUAAUAUGAUGGGGAAUUCGUAUGCCCCAAACAACAUGAUGCCAAACAAUAUGGGUCCAAAUAAUAAUAUGAUGGCAAAUAACAUGGCAACAUCAAAUAACAACAUGCUUGGUAACAACAUGGGACCUUCUAACAACAAUUUAUCUUCCAACAUGAACCAGGCACCUCAAAAUGAAAGUGACAGUGUUAGUGUUCAGGACCCAUUUGCAGAUGAGCCAUGUGCCAGUGGCCCAAGUUAUCCCAGGCAGAGUAUGAAUUCGCAGAUGCCACCCUACUCUGGCAUGCAAUCACAGACUACCAUGUCUGGUAAUUAUGGCUUCAAUCGUCAAAAUGCCCAGCACGGAAUGUCACCAUACUCAAAUAUGAGCCAACAGUCUAUGAACAACUUUUCUGAGAACCGAAUUGGUCAAAAUGAACAGUAUAAUGAUGCCUAUCGAAGGACAAUGGGUAUGGAGAAUUUCAAUAACAAUAAUAGAAAUUCAGAAAAUUUUGGUCCUGCAGCUACUCAAUUUGGACCUCGGAAUAGUCAAGUAUCAGGUGCUCAGUUCCCAUUUGGACCUCAGUUUGACCGUGAACGGUUUGAGCAACCUAAUGCUGCAAAUUCUAAUCAGCAAUUCCGACCACCAUCUCAACCUGGAAUGGUUACUCAACAGCAGCAUCCUGAACAAAUGUACCCCAAUCGAUAUGGCAGCAAUCAGCAAAUGACUUCAGUUCGGUCACAUACUCCCCAACAUGACCAGUACGCAGCCCAAGGAGGGUAUCCUAAUCAGAGUAAUACUUUUAAUAGUCCGAGGGGAGUGGUACCACAGGAACAAUAUCAGAACUAUCCGAAUCAGCAAGCUGGUUUUGCUGGGCAUCGACCACCUAGUUCACGAGAAGUCCCUGGUGGCAAUAUGUAUGGAACGCCAAAUAAAAGAUAUCCACCUGAUGUUGAAAGGCGAGAGAAUUUCAAUAUGUCAGGCUACACUAAUCAGCCUAACUCCUACCCUGAAAAGCCUGGCUCUGCUCCUGUGAUGUAUCCACAAUACAGGGAGGCUAUGAUUCCACCACAGGACAGCCCCAUGCACGAUUCACGAAGGGAUCCUAGCCAGUGGUCAGCUAUGCAGCAGCGCUAUGGGUCUCAACACAGUGGAUCCAACUAUCCUGGCUCCAGUAUGAAUGCCAUGCCUCCUGGUUCUGGAAUGCUUCCUCCAAUGGUUCCCCCCAGCCCGAGCAGCACAGGUAGGACUAUGAACCCCAGGCUGUCUCCACAAAGGGAUAAACCAUAUAUGUCACCUCCUAGGGUACAGAAGCCUGGGGGUAUGGUACCAAAUGCUCAACUCCCACCCAAGAAGGAAAUAUCAUUCCCACCAGAUAGCGUAGAAGCUGUUCAGCCCUUGCUGGCCAAGAGAAAGCGGCUAGCUAAACAAGACAUAGGUCAAACUGAACCCUGGAAACUUAUGAUGGCAUUAAAGUCUGGCAUGCUUGCAGAAAGUACUUGGGCUUUGGAUACAUUGUCUAUUCUUUUAUUUGAUGAUUCAACAGUGGCUUACUUCACUUUAUCACACUUACCAGGGCUACUUGAAGUUUUACUGGAACACUUCCGGCGCUGUCUUAUCGACAUAUUUGGCCUGUUUAAUGAACUUGAAGUUGGUUACAAUACUGCUAUGUUAAAACAUAAAGAAAAGAAAGGAGCAAAGUCUAAAGAAACACAUAUGGAUGUAGAUGAUUUCAAAAAUUUGGAAAGUGAUACUGUGUGGAAAGGUAUGCGAACAGGAGAAAACUAUACUUACAUUACAAGGCAAGGGAAAAUAGUGAAAAUCAAUGAGAAUGAUCGAGAUACUGCUCUAUUACAUGGGAAACAUUGGGAUGUGUACACAAAUUUCACGAGCAAAGCAGAACAUUGGCAGCUAGGUGGUGGUGAUAUGACCAAACAUGUUCAAACUCACUUUGAAAGUCUAUCUAAUCAUAAAGUGUUAAAGAAAUUCUUCCUUUACCGUGGCAUGAAAAAAAAUUGUGAAGAUGAUAGCAUCAACAUUAGUUUGCCUGAAUCAAAUUGUAUAAUGCGAGAACCUGCUGAACAUGCAUCGGAAGAGGUGCGUCUAUUAUUAAAAUCAACCUGCCAGAACAACAAAACCGUCAAUGGGGUGGUUGAGGACAAUUUACCAAAUUGCAUCACAAAAGUCCACAUUAAAAAAGAACCUGUUGAGGAGGCUGAGAAAAACAAAGCUGCUACGAAGCCAACUUGCACCCCAGCUGAUACUGAAGUAUCCACUGCUGCUGCUGCUGCUGCUGCAUCUGAUCGCGUCAAAGAAGAGCCUCGGUCUGAGGAGAAUUGUAAAAAUCUAGAUUCUGAACAGAAACAGAGUGAAUCCACAAAAAAUGGCACUGAAAAAAAUUGUGUAAAUAGUGAAAACCAUUGUGAAAAGGAUGGUGUUGUAAAAAAAGAUUUAGAGUCUCAAAAAGUGGAAACAAAAGUGGAUAAAGAUAAAUUAGUAAAAUCUGAAGAUAAGAAAACUAAUUCGCUUAAAAAUGAAUCCAUUUUGAGCCAUAUUGAAAAUGGAAUAUCAAUUGAAUCCCUGUUAAGGAAAGCUGAGCUGUGUGAAGAUCCUGAAGAAGAGGCCUUUGAGAGAGAUAGCCCUGCAGUAUGCCUUAUGUCAGAAGCUCAAGAUGAGAUUGGGCGGCGGUGUGUAUGCAUUUCUAAUAUAUUUCGCAGUUUGUCGUGUAUCCAGGGAAAUGACUCUGAAAUGUCCAGACAUCCCGGUCUGAUGUAUAUUCUAGGAAAAUUAUUAUUACUCCAUCAUCAACACCCCCCUCGGGUGAAGGUACGGAGAAAACUUGAUAAAGAAGAAACAGAGUUUGAAGAUGUUUCCUUGUCUGAACACGAAUGGUGGUGGGAUCAUUUGCAUGCAUUACGUGAGAACACAUUGGUUAUUUUUGCUAACAUAUGUGGGCAGCUUGAUCUCUCAAUAUACCCUGAGGACAUCUGUUUGCCUAUAUUGAAUGGGCUGCUUCACUGGGCUGUCUGCCCCUCCUCCUGCGCCCAGGAUCCCUUGCCAAGCAUGUCACCAUCCUCCGUCCUUUCGCCUCAGCGAUUAGUACUUGAAGCAUUAUGUAAAUUGUGCAUACAUGAAGCUAAUGUGGACUUGUUGCUUGCAACACCACCCUUUAAUCGGAUAGUACAGCUUGUUAAUAACUUGACUAAAAUGCUUGCUAAUAAAAAGGAGCAAGUAACUCAGGAGUUUGCAGUUGUGUUACUAUCAGAGCUUGUGCAGGGAGACAGCAGUGCUGCCCGUGCCAUAGCUAUGCAGCAUCCGAGUGUAUCGUUGCUGAUAGACUUUUUAGAGACAGCCGAACACAAUGCUGUGCAGGUAGUAAGCACUCAUGGUAUCAAUGUGUUAAGGGACAGUCCAGAAAUGAUGGGAACUAGUCUAGAUAUGUUACGACGGACUGCAAAUAUACUGGUACAUUUAGCUCGGGUGCCAGAGAACAGACCAUGUUUUGUACACCAACAGAGCAGACUUUUGACUUUAGUUAUGUCUCAAAUACUUGACCAGCAUGUGGCACAGACUCUAGCUGAUGUACUUUACGAGUGUUCACACUCAUAGUAGGGAUUAUGUCACUGACAUUAUUUUGAUGAAGCCAUUACUUUCAUUUCCAUUGUAUCUGUACAUUUUGUCAUAUCAACUUCAUGGAAUCAAGCUGUGAAGAGAAAAGUCUUCCUCUGUUUUAUGGAGGAAAAUAAAAACACUGGCUAGAAGUAAUUAAAACAGAAAGUGGAAGGAAAGGAAGACGAAAAUUGUUUUAAUAUGGGAGGAUGUAGUUACAACUCAUCUUUCUCUCUCAUCAUCAUCAUUUCAUCAAAGGUGUAGUUAUGUAUAGCUUUUUAUGUGGAGAAAAAAAUACUUUCCCUCUCUCUCUCUCUCUCUCUUGCUAUCUCCUCUGUUUCUUUUACUCUCUCUCUCUAUCUCUCUUCCCCUCUCUCUCUCUCUCUCCUCUCUAAAAUCUAUCUCAUCAGUUAAAAGAAAUUGAAAAAGAAAACUAACAAACAAAGCAUGACACAGGUUGCAGCAGCCUUGUGCUCCAUUGGAAGGGGAAUAUGGGAAUAUGUCAAAUUAGGUGAUUUUUAUUUUUGUACAUCUUUAGGUGUGCAACUUUCUUUGUUGUGGAGGGCUUUACAAAUGAAUUGCAUUAAAAGAAGAUUUAAAAAAAAAAAAAAGAAACAGGUUAUAAAUCAUUUGGCUUUACCUACAGUUCAGGUAGGUUGAACUUAAUUACAGGUGCUCCUGCCAAAAGCAUAAACAGAAAGGUUCUGGUCAGUUACCUUUUUCAAUUUAUCAAAAAUUUACAUUUGGGAAAAAGCAAAGCCAGCAAGAAAUCAAUAACUAGUGCAGUGUUUUGCCAAGAACACUGAUCACUAGAGAUGUGAUUCCGUUUCACCUCCUGAUGUCCAGUGAAAAGCACAGUAUUUAUAUGUAACAAGUUAAAAAAGGAAAAGGUUAUCAAAGGUUGGAACGUGUGUAGUUUCCUUUUUGUAGUAAUUCUCAUGAGUCAACUUUGAUAUUCCCAUUGUGCAAAGGCUUUAUACUCGUAUGUCACAAGAAAUAAAUGUACAGAAAAGGAAAUUUCUAGAGUCCAUCUCAGUUUUGCUGUUACUUUUUCUUAAUGUUAUUCAACAUUAUUUAAAAUCUUUGACAGAAGUCUAGAAAUAUACGGGUUUAAAAGUCGCUACAUAUUCACUAUUUUAUUAAAAAAAAAAAAAGUCCUUUAUACUGAAUUUUCUCCUUAUUUCUCUCUCCUCCUGCUCCUCCUUCCUCUUCCCCUCCCAUUACAACAUCUCAGCAUGACCAAUGCUGUGACAGCUGAUGAAGGAUCAUUUGGAAUUUUGUAAUGUUCGGUAGUAAAAGGCUGAACCGUUUUUACUUAAAAUCUUACCAACCAUUGCCAGCAACUUAGUUUACGAUGAAUAUGUUCUCCUCGGUGUAACCUGAUAAGUCUUACAUAUUGAUUUUUUUUUUUUUCUCUCCCCUCUUCAAUUUGGGACCCGGGGAAGAUGGAGAAAGAUCUGAUGGCAUUCAAAGAAAUAUUGGCUCAUUAGGUAUAUAUAUAUGUCUCUAAAAUAAAGUUCUGACUGCUAAGUUGACCAAGAACUAUUAGAAUUUAUCACGUAUGUCUGACAAAUAUUUCCAUUUUAUGUGAUGUGUGAGUAUUUAUUUUUUUAAUUUCUCGUCUUUUCUUCCACAUUUUUUCCUUUACCUUGCCGCUCUUCAUUCCGUUGUAUAUAAUUUAUCAUCACCUUGCUGUCUGGAUUCCAUUUGUCUGAAGAUCACUAAAGGGCUAAAGAAGUGUGGCUCUGACAUCAGCAGUAAUAAAUAGUGAGCUGUGUUAUCCAUUGUCUCAAACUUCGUCUGUGACGCUCAAAUGAUCUCCUCUGACGUUUUAGGCACAAAAACAGAAGAAAAACAACCUGAAACAACAUCUGAGAAUUAUGUGAUAUUGAAUUUUUAGUAAUCAGACAUAAUGAAUACAAGUUGUCAGUUGUAUACUACCUUCUAGAAAUUAUCUUUUCAACUCUCCAAAACUGUUUCUCGCACUACAAUUACAUACCACACACAUACACACACACACACUUACAUUGAAUGCAGAAAGCUGACUGUUGAUACAAUGUUAACAGGCAAAAAUCCAUUUUCCUCAAUAAACAGUUCGUUAUGAAGAAAAGAAAAGAAAACUAUCAUCCAAAUCUUAGUUGAUUUUGUUUUUUGUUUUUUGUUUUUGUUUUUGUUUAUUGGAAAACCUUUUAGUUGAUGUUCCCUCCUCGCUCAUUAGCCAUUUAACAGUUCAGUUGCAAUUGGUUUGGUUUUUUUUUUUUUCCUCCUCCCCCAUCAUCCUUAUAUUUCUAUGCUGUCUAACGGGUUCAUUGCACAGAAGAUCUCUGAAACUUUCUGAAAACGGUCUUCAUAUCGUGUAUAUUUAAUAUCAGUACAACACCAAACAUCUGCUCGGCUCGUUCAGCCCAACAGAUAAAAGUUGCUGCCGUAUUUUCUUGUACUACACUUAUUUUUCUUUCCAGUGCUUUUGUUUUCCUACAACUGAAACCAGGGACAAAGCUAUAUAGUUGGUCUUGUUGGUGUAAACUGUACUAAGAAACAACUGUCUGACUGUAGGCAGCAGUCACUAUCGCCUUGUUAUAUAAUAAACCAAUCUAGGUACACCUGA